UCAAAAUCUGCAAUUAUUGUGAAUUUGCGAGAAGCCCUGUAAUAAAAAAAUAUCGUUUAAUCAACACAAGUAAAAAAAAGUGUAAAUCUUGCUUAAAAUUAUACAACGUCGGCGUAUUUUAAAAUAAUUCAAGGAAUAAACAAUUUAAUUGCAUCGAAAAUUAAAAUUUCGAAAUUUCAGUUCUAAUGCAUGAAAAGGCUAAUAACCCUAACCGGUAGCGAAAAAGCAAAAAUUUGGCAAAAAUAAUAUAAUUUGUAAAUUCAGUGUUUGCUUUCACAGUUAAGCAUUUCCUUAUAAAAAGCCAGUAAAAAUUUAAAAUUUAUGUGAAAAAGGAAAGCAAAACGCAAAUUUCUUGCAUUGAUUUUCGUAUUCAAAUUGCAAAAACGUGCAAACUGGAUAAUAAAAGUUAUUUUACGUUUGCUUUUGCGUGACAAAUGCGAAAAAAUUGUGCCUCAAAAAAUUCAGCCAAGCUGUGAACAGAGUUCAACAUUUUCAAUUUCUUCCCGUUGGCAGCAAUCAAAAUCAAAUUAUAUUGAAACGUUUUAACUGGGACGCAUAAAGGAGCUAGUAACUACAAAACGAAGAACCCACCUGUGCUACCAGAAAAUAUAAAUUAUGAAAAUUAAAUUAAAUUAUUCAUGCGAAUGAAAGCUAAAUUAUAUAUUGUGUUAAUAAAAGAUUAGUACCUAUAUAACAACAAUUCAGUGUUACACUCAAAUUUCAAAGGCCUAAAACAUUGCUAUCUAUUUAAAAAUAAAAGUGAGCUUUAAACGAAAUUUCUUAAAACACCACAAACGGUCUGGUAAGGAAGCUAUUACUCAACAUUCUCCGAGACAGCAAGCCCCAAGUGACCAACUCUCAUCCUGCACGAAAAUGUGUAACAGCAGACGACACAGCCGUCUCUGGUUCAACAGCCUUGCCAUAUUAAUUUGCCUGCUGUGCAGUGGCCUUGUCUGUACAAAUGCCGCUAUGCAAUACUACCACAUAUUGCCAAUGGGCAACGUAGAUGACGGCUCUGCUUUGUUGAGGCUAACGCGCGAACUUUCCGCCAAACUAAUACAGGAGCGACCGAAAGAAAUCAGCUCGACAGCGGAGCCAGUUCCAGCCGUGGUCGACCAGCCACAAGGUCAGUGUUUGCUGGACGGUGUCCUUGUGAUGGAAACGGCUGUAACAUGCGAGAAGCAAGUGGGCUGUCGAGCCAUACAGAAGACGGGACAUUGUUGUCCUGAUUACAAGUGCGAUUGCCAGAAAGAUGGCAGAACUUAUUUGAAUGGCGAUAAAUUAGUUGAUCCGGAAACACCAUGUACCGUUUGCUAUUGUCAAGGUGGUGAAAUACUAUGCAGUUCUGUAACCUGUUUCCAUCGUGAUGAUUGCAAGCCAAAGUAUAUACCGGGGCGCUGCUGUCCUGAAUAUGACAAUUGUCCUGUUUCCAUUCUCGACCCAAGCCAUAACGGAAACCAAUCACACAAUCCAUCACCAACAACUAAAGAAACGAACGCCGCUAUCGCCUCAUCAAACCAGCCAAUACAGCAAACUGUUCCUCAAAAUCCGAAAAUCACAAUCAAAGAGAUCACCAAACCGAUCGAAAUACGCAUUACCGAUGAUAACAAAGCCAUACCAAUUCACCAAAUAUUCAAACCUCAAACGACAACAACCACCCAAAUAAUAGCAACGGAGUCAACAACAACAUCCACAGCAAUAACUGACGGUAGCGGUUCAACGCAGCUGCCAGCGUCAGCGCCGACAUCAAGUGUAGCCACCAUUUCACCUAAUACACCAAUAACAGCAACUGACGUGGGCGACAGUAUCAAUGGUGAAAGUACAUCAACAGUAACCGUAACCGGUUCCAAUAUCAACAGCGACAACAACUCAAACUUCGGCGUAGACAACAACCGCCAAAUUAUACUUCCAGUGAAAGGGGGCAUUAAUAAUGGUGAGAGCUUAAAGCUUAGCGCUUCUGUUGCAUACCCAAGUACAGAGCGCAAUACUGUUAAAAUAGUUAUACCACAAAACGGUUCAAGCGCGGAAAGCAGCAAUAACGAUAGUGGUGAAGUGACUGCCGUGGUGGCACAGUUGAAUGAAGGGGAUAUUUCGAUACCCGAAUUCGGAGCACAAGAACUACAACAUGAUGCAUCGUUUGAUGAUCCAACGAAAAUCAAUAUCAAACGUGAGAAUUUGGCAACAACAGAGCGUUCAUUAUCAGUAGUACCCAUUGAAGAAUAUGGUUCCCCAGAGCUAUUAGACGGUAAUGGUAGUGGACAAAGCGGCGGUUUGCAGUCACAGAGCAGUUUUGAUUUUGAGCCAGAGACAGCGGGAAGUGAUAAUGUUUAUCACAUCAUAUUGACCACAUCAGGACCACCUAUAGAUGGAAGUACUGACGGCUUUGUCAGUUUUAAACCAAACGAAGAUUUCCAACUCCCUUCAGACUUUGAGAUACAAGCAGCAGCUUCGAACCCUCAACACGCUGUGGUACCACCACCACCACAUCUUGCGAACUUCACUGAUUCACCAAUUACUUUGAAAAGCACAACCCAGGCACCAGCAACCGAAUUAAGUCCUACGUUAAAUAAUACGCUCCCAAGUACAGAAGGGAUCUUAUUAGCUUCCAUCUCUACAGAAUCUCCAAAGCACACUUCCGAGAACAGUCAUCAUGUGGAAGAGGAGGAAACCGCUUUACCUGUGGAAUCGAAUCCUGCAUAUCCUUCGCUACCCGAAGAUGAUUUUAGCUUAAGAGAUGUAAAUUUUCCGAUAAAUGAAGCUGAUGAAGCCGUGGAGACAGAUGUAAAGGAAGAACAACGUAGUAUUGGUGGUAACGCACUUGAGGUGGUUAGGCCACGUAAACCAUUAGAGGAAGGUAGUGGUGGUGGUGUUGAAUUUAUGGAAGCAUCCUCUACUGCGACUUAUGAAGCAUGCGUUGAUUGUACUACUGAAAACUUAUCGAAACUUUCCGACAAGGUGGCGCUGCUUAUGAAUUCAGCUGAAGACCUAUCUGCUGAAACAUCCAUUUCAAACAACACUGACUUUAUAUCCGAACGCUUCUCGCGCCUCGCAAACAAUACCACAAAUUCUGAUUCCAAUGAAUCAAUUGAAAUGCAGUUGAGUAGCGAAUUGGGCAGUGGUGAAUCAACGGAAGUAGAGAAGAAGCUUGAGAAAAGACGUGAACCAACUACCCCACGUCCAACGCCACGCUCCCAAAUGGCGAUAGAUAUUGAUGAGCUGAGUGGAAGCGCUUCCGGUGAUGGCAAAAGUGAUCCAAAAGAUGAUCCCAAGCUUGAUGCCGAGAGUAUAAAGGCAGAUGAAAAUGUAGAAGAGGGCAUAGUAAAACAGGAGGCGGGUCUAAAGGAAGAUGUGUUGACUGUGAAUGCCAAACCGACAGAGGAGCGUACAGCCGAGGAGAUUCCGCCGGAUUCUCCAGCUGGCAGAAUACAACAAUUGCUACAGCGUCGGUUUGUUUAAACGAUUAAUCCUAUUGAAUUAGCAGUUUGAAAAAAUGGAACAGAAGAUUAUAGUAUAUAUAGAAAAAGAAUAUAAAUAAGACAGAUAAAAGAAGAUAGUAUGUUAAAGUUAAAUACGUAGUAGUUGCGAAAAAAUAGUUUAUAAAUGUCUUAAUAUAUUAUUCUUCAAUCGAUAUUAAGGAAAAAGUAAAUGAACGCGACAUUUAUUAAAACUUUCAAUCUCAAUAGAACGUGUAUUUCAAAUAAUAAUUUUGUUCACAAUUUGAACUAAAAAGGAGCAUGCUAUGUAUGAUCUUAUGAGGUGUUUUCUGUUUAAGCACAACUUCAAAAUUCUCCUAUUGGAUGGUAGAACAUAUUCAUAUAUGAAGCUCAGCGAUUGUAUGGUGAAAUAUGGUUUCUCAAAUGUUUAUUUAUUUAAGUUGAAUGGUAUUUUUGGGCUUUAAUUCUGGAUUUUAUUGAAUUUUAAAUUUUUAUUUAAUUUAAUAAUUUAUUUUUCACUAUACUAGAUAAAGAAACGUACAUGUUAGUUUCGAUACUCAGCCCUUUUAUAACUUUGGAGUAGUCUAUGUGAACUCAAUUCUUCAACAGGUUUUAUAUUUCAAACUUAAUUCAGUCUUACUAAAGAAAACAUUUCCGCGGUGCUUUUGAUAUGUGAACUCAAUAAUUGAUUAACUAUUUAAACAAUUCAAAUGAAGAAAUAUCCGUAAUAUCUUCUAAUCUAUCUUCUAUCUUCUUUUACUUAUAAUGUCAGGUUAUCUUAAAUAAGGCAUUUUGUAAAUGAUAAUACAUUAUUUUUAUUUGAGGAAUGGGUAAGCACCGAUGCAACUCUUAUUUUUGCUUUUACCUUCACGUAAUAGAAAUGCACAACGAUUAAUUAGUUUGUCAAAAGUUUUAGUUGGAUAAUUCAAAACUCACAUUAAAGCAUAUGUUCGAGAAGAGCAUAAGAAUCCUGGCACCGGUGAAGUGUACGUCAUAAAAAUUAUAACUAAAGAAAAUAUUUUUCAGCGAAAUAAAUUAAAUGUUUAACUUAAAAUACUUGUACAUUGAACUUAGCGUAAGAGUGUAGUCUUAAAGGCACCAAAAUCAUUUAAAUAUUCUAAGCAGAACGAACGAACGAAUGAUCAAUACAACGAAAAUGCAACAAAAGCUGGGCUCUUAAAAUGCAAUAACUCAGAUUUAUUAAGAAAACAAAAAAAUAGGUAAACACACACACACAUAUGAAAAUUUAUAUCUACAUAUGAAAAUUUUGGUUAACACGAAUUUAUUAGAAGCAUUCUAGAAAACUAUCAUUCACCAAUAAAACGCCGUAACAUUCUAGUACAUAAUUUAUUUUAAAUGGGUAACUAAUAUUAUUGCCUUGGCAAACAUUAAAACCAACUCAAAGUGGUAUUAGUUCCUGCACUUAUUAAAUAGUUAAAUUGAAGCAUAAGUUAUAUUAGAGUAUAACAAAUAGUUAUAUGUUUACUUUACGUUCUAAGUAUCAAAUUCUCUAAUAUGAAAAAUACAUACAUACAUAUAUGUGUCUUACAAAUAUUUCGAUGAAGAUGUUAAAAAUUAUAGUGUUAGUUAAUGCAAUCCCGCGAACGACAUUUUUUGAUGGUAAGUCACUCAAGAGAAUGAAGCAUACUAAUGUACAUACAAAGGUACAUAGGUGGUUAUUGUUGCUAGUUUUCAGAGUAGUUACGGAAUAAUUGUUAUUAUAGAUUACAAAGGCAUAUAUGUAUAUAUUUUAAAUAACUUAACAAUACACAUACAUAUGUAAUUAUCAGUAAAUAUAUGUAUAUGCAUAAUUGCGAAAACUAAUUUCUUAUUUUGUAGUCCAUUUAAAAUUAAAUAGCUUUUAUACUAGACUGAAAACUAUUUAAUAAUAUCAAUUUGUUUUUAAAGUAGUUUAAAAUCAAUAUACAUAAGGUUUGUCAGUUUAUUAUAGU